AAGGUGGAGGAGCAGGGGAAGGGAAAGCCGUUGGGAAAAAACUGAAAAGCCCGGGAUUUUUAAAUAGGAGUGAGGAGGCAGAGCGAGAGAUAUACAUAGUUGAACUCUAAUGGUUUAGCAAACGGUAAUUAUAAUUUCUUACUGUCUAUAAAGCCGAUAAGAGCGAAGAGUGUUUCACUCGUCUUCUCCGAUUCCAUUUGUACUUCUAAUUCCCUUCCAUCAUCCUAUCAUUAUCUGUGUGAUUAAGGAAAAACAAACUAAGAAAAUGAACUCAAUUUCUUGCUGUUCCAUUAUCUUCCUCCUUCUCCUGCAACUCAAAAUGGUGUCAGUCAUGGCCGCGAAGAAGACUUACAUAGUGCACAUGAAACACAGCACCCAUCGUGACUGGUACUCCUCCGCUUUCGAUUCUACUGACUCCCUCCUUUAUGCGUACACUACCUCUUACAACGGAUUUGCUGCCACCCUAGAUGCUCAACAAGCCCACGCGCUUCGCACUUCCGAUUCAGUCUUGGCCGUCUACGAAGACACACUCUACACGCUCCACACCACUCGGACCCCCGAGUUCCUGGGCCUCCAGGCCCAUUCCGCUUUCUGGGAAGACCUACACCAAGCCUCACACGACGUCGUUAUUGGGGUCCUUGACACCGGCGUGUGGCCAGAGUCCCAAAGCUUCGACGAUUCUCAAAUGCCUCAGGUCCCCACACGAUGGCGCGGCACGUGCGAGUCGGCACCUGAUUUCGACCCUUCCCUCUGCAACAAGAAGCUCAUCGCUGCUCGGAGCUUCUCCAAGGGCUACCGCGCAGCCUCUGGGGGCGGUUACGCAAGAAAAGCCAGAGAAACCGCUUCGCCCCGCGACCGAGAUGGCCACGGCACUCACACUGCCUCCACCGCCGCCGGAUCCGUCGUCAAUAACGCCACCCUACUCGGCUACGCCACCGGCACCGCCCGCGGGAUGGCGCCUCAGGCGCGCGUGGCCGCCUACAAGGUCUGCUGGACCGACGGCUGCUACGCCUCCGACAUUCUCGCAGGCAUGGAUCAAGCCAUCCAGGACGGCGUCGACGUGCUCUCGCUGUCCCUCGGCGGCUCCUCCUCCGUGCCUUACUACUUCGACACCAUCGCGAUCGGAGCCUUCGCGGCGAUGGAAAGAGGAAUCUUUGUUUCGUGCUCGGCGGGGAAUACUGGACCUCGCGCGGGCUCCGUUGCUAACGUCGCUCCGUGGAUCAUGACCGUCGGAGCCGGCACGCUGGACCGGGAUUUUCCUGCGUACGCCAUGCUCGGGAACGGGAAACGCUUCGCCGGCGUUUCGCUUUACAGCGGAGAAGGCAUGGGAGAUGAACCGGUCGGUUUGGUUUAUUUUAACGACCAGUCGAACUCGUCCAGCAGCAUUUGCAUGCCAGGGUCGCUCGACCCGGAGAAGGUGCGCGGGAAGGUAGUUAUUUGUGACAGGGGGCUUAACGCGCGCGUUGAGAAGGGUGCGGUGGUGCGCGACGCGGGCGGGGUUGGGAUGAUACUCGCGAACACGGCGGCGAGCGGAGAGGGACUGGUGGCGGACAGUCACUUGGUAGCGGCCGUAGCGGUUGGGGAAAGCGCGGGUGAUGAGAUUAGACAGUAUGCGUCGUUGGAUCCUAAUCCGACGGCUGUUCUGAGCUUCGGCGGGACCGUGUUGAACGUGAGGCCGUCGCCUGUGGUGGCAGCAUUCAGCUCUCGUGGGCCCAACGGUGUGACGGCCCAAAUAUUGAAACCAGAUGUUAUUGGGCCUGGCGUAAAUAUCUUAGCGGGAUGGUCUGGGGCUGUUGGGCCAUCUGGGUCGCAGGACACUCGCAAGACCAACUUCAACAUCAUGUCUGGAACGUCCAUGUCUUGUCCUCACAUAAGUGGGUUGGCUGCGUUACUGAAAGCAGCUCAUCCAGAUUGGAGUCCUAGUGCUAUCAAAUCUGCACUCAUCACAACCGCCUAUACCCAUGACAAUACUCAAUCCCCUCUUCGUGAUGCAACCCGAGAAGCCUUCUCCACACCCUGGGCUUACGGGGCCGGUCAUGUCAGCCCACAGAAUGCCCUCUCUCCAGGCCUUGUUUACGAUGCCUCGGCCCAGGAUUACAUUGCAUUCUUGUGCUCUUUGAACUACACCCUUAACCAUAUACAACUCAUUGUCAAGCGUCCCGAUGUUAAUUGUUCUGUUAAAUUUAACGACCCUGCCCAACUCAAUUAUCCCUCCUUCUCCGUUGUGUUUGCAAGCAGUCAAGUUGCUCGAUACACGCGCACGUUGACUAACGUGGGGGAGCCAGGGUCCGUCUAUGAUGUUGCCGUGAGCGGGCCAUCCAUGGUGGGGAUAACGGUGCAUCCUAUCAGACUUGUGUUUGGAGAAGUAGGACAAAGCCUAACGUACACUGUGACCUUUGAGUCCAAUAGGGGUGUUGAUGAUUCCUCUACUUCUGAAUUUGGUAGCAUUACGUGGAGCAACGAUCAGUACCAAGUUAGGAGCCCGGUUGCUUUUACAUGGACCGAUUUAUGAUGUUGUGAUCUUACACUAUUGUUCAACUAAGGCCCAACAGCGAUAUGCAAGAAUUACAACCCCAAAAACGAAAAAGAUGAUUGACUCGAUAGAGCAAUUGUAAUAACAGAUUUAGUUGCACAUAGUUAAAGCUAAUGCAACAUAACACUGACCUAUCACGUGGCAUAAUGCCAUGCACUUCAGAACCCUUAAUCAAAGUGGAAAAACAAUGAGUGAAUUUGCGCAACCCAAAUUUAUGCCGUCACAAUCUGAAUUGGUGUUGAAUAAUGAUGCAUCUAAUGAUAUGUUUGGCUUUACAGUUGAGAAUCCCCAAAGUGCGGUUAAGACAAAAAUAAGAUGGAGAAAGUUGUAGCCGUACUAUAAUUAGAAGCAUUUGAAAGUGAAAAGCAAACGUGCACUAAAAAAGGCAGAGAUAUGCAAGUUAUGAGUAUGCUUUCAGCUUUUCCCUCAUCCCGGAAUCAGGUGGGCAAUUUCACAAAUGUGGAAACACUUGACGGACAAUUUAGAGGUCCUGAGCACCCCAUGUGCAAUUCAUGAAUUUAUUUAAUUUCUCUUUGGUACUUGGCAUGGCUUGCAGUUAAUCAGGCGAGAGAAGGUGGUAGCAUGUUCUACCGCAGUACAUACUACACACGGUCAUUUCAAAGUUAACACUUCCUCUGAAUUUCUAAUUACUAGUUAUUUCGAAGUGUCUUAUUCCGAACGAUCUUGGCCAUGAAUGGCUACUAAUCGGUGUACCAAAUGAAAAGACAUUUCCUGUGUCCUGUGUCAGUUAUGCAGAAAAAGGUAGCUCACAGCAAUCACUUAUUUUCCUGCCGUGCCAUUUGAUUAUUUCGUCCAUCAUCAACUUUCUUGUAGGACCACAGAAGUUGAAACUUGGAGGGAAAAAAAUCAAUAAGACAAAAAAGAAAACACUUUUCU